AUGGACUUUGUUAUUGGUUUACCGAAUACCCCGAAGGGAAGUGAUAUUAUUUGGGUGAUUAUUGACAAGCUGACUAAAACGGCUCACUUCAUAUCGAUUAAGAUUAGUUUCUUAUUGCAAAGGUUGGCUGAGAUCUAUAUUGAUAAUAUUAUGAAGUUGCAUGGCAUCCCUUCGUAUAUAGUUUUCGACAGAGACCCAAGCUAUCAUUCUAGCAUUGGUAUGGACACAUUCGAGGCAUUAUAUGGCAGAAGGUGCAGGACUCCUGUAUGUUGGUACGAAUUUGGAGAGAGUGUUGUACUCGGACCUGAAAUCGUUCAACAGACUACCGAGAAAGUUAAAAUGAUUCAAGAGAAGAUGAAGGCUUCACAUAGCAGGCAGAAGAGCUAUCAUGAUAAGCGAAUGAAGGAUCUAGAGUUCCGAGAAGGUGAUCAUCUUUUUAUGAGAGUCACUCUUGUGACCGGUGUGGGUCAUGCCCUGAAGUCUAAGAAGCUGACUCCUUGCUUCAUUGGACCCUAUCAGAUUACCCAGAAGAUUGGAGUUUUUGCUUACCGUGUGGCACUACCCCCAUCUCUUUUGAAUCUGCAUGAUGUGUUCCAUGUGUCACAUCUUCGGAAGUAUAUUCAUGAUCCAUCUCACAUGAUACAAAUGGAUGAUGUACAAGUUAGGGAUAAUCUGACGGUUGAAGUGUCACCUAUUCAGAUCAAGGAUAGAGAAGUAAAGCAACUACGCGAUAAAGAAAUUGUUCUUGUGAAGGUUGUUUGGGGAGGACCUGCUGGAGGUAACAUGACUUGGGAGCUAGAGAGUCGAAUGAAGGAAUCAUAUCCUGAGUUGUUUUUGCCAAAUGUUGAUGUAUUUAUAUCAAUACUGUAA